UCGUCAAACACUCAGGGCGACGCGUCUCUCAGCGCGUCACGUGACGUUUCCUCGCCGUGUCCCGCAUAGACGACAGAGGACGAGUCAGACACACACACACACACACACACUCUCUCUCUCUCUUUCACACACACACACGCGCGCGCACGGCCAGAGAGAGACGCGAGAGGACGGUUAUAACUUCACCACCAUGGCCCUGCGGGACGAGCUCCUGAAGUCCAUAUGGCACGCGUUUACGGCUCUGGAUGUGGACAAGAGCGGGAAAGUCUCCAAAUCUCAGCUGAAGGUGCUGUCCCACAACUUAUGUACAGUGAUGAAUAUCCCGCACGACCCCGUGGCGCUGGAGGAGCAUUUUAAAGACGACGACGAGGGUCCCGUCUCCAACCAGGGCUACAUGCCGUACCUGAACAAGUUCAUCCUGGAUAAGGUGACGGAUAACUUCGACCGGCAGGACUUCAACAAAAUGUGCUGGACUUUGUGCUCCCGGAAAAACCUGGAACCGAGUCAGCUGCUCAUCUCCAACGACGACGCCUUCAAGAUCUGGUGCAUCUUCAACUUCCUGUCUGAGGACAGAUACCCGCUGAUCAUCGUCACUGAGGAGAUCGAGUACUUCCUGCGUAAGCUGACGGAGGCGAUGGGGGGCAGCUGGGUGGAGGAGCGUUUCGAGGACUACAAGCUACAGCUGGACUUGAAGCAAAUGUGCCUGAACGCCUGGGAGCUCAUCGGCCUGGUGGGGUCGGGUCACUUCAGUAAAGGCAUGGACCGGCAGACGCUGUCGAUGGCCAUCAACGAGGUCUACCAGGAGCUCAUCCUGGACGUGCUCAAGCAGGGCUAUAUGAUGAAGAAAGGUCACAUGAGGAAGAACUGGACGGAGCGCUGGUUCAUGCUGAGGCCAAACUGCAUCUCCUACUACGUUGGCGAAGACCUGGCCGAAAAGAAAGGAAACAUCUUAUUGGAUGGGAACUGCAGUGUGGAGCCUUUACAAGACAAAGAGGGAAAGAAGUGCCUCUUCUUCAUCAAGUCGUCACAAAAAAGCUUUGAGAUCAGUGCGUCGGACAAGAAGAAGAAGCAGGAGUGGAUCCAGGCCAUUCAGACCUGUUUGAGUCUGCUGCGCCAGGGCCGACCGGCGCCGCAUCGCGAGGCUCGGCAGAAGCGGCGGGAGCUGCGACUGAAGCAGCAGGCUGAGCAGGAGGAGCUGGAGCUGAGGAUGAGGGAGCUGCAGACGGCCAACGAGGCCAAACAGCUCGAGCUGGAGAACAUGAGGAAGGCUCUGGAGGAGGCAGCGGCUGACGCAGCAGAAGAAGAAAGAAGGCGUCUUCAGACCCAAACUGAACUCCAGGACCGCUACAGGAUGGACCUGGAGAGAGAGAAAAUGGUACGGCAGAAGAUGGAGGAGCAGGUGGCCCAGAAGUCCACUGAGCUGGAGCAGUACCUGCAGCGGGUCCGCGAGCUGGAGGACAUGUACCGUCAACUGGAGGACGCUCUGGAGGACGAGAGGCACGCCAGACAGGACGAGGAGGCCGUCCGAAGGCUGCAGGCACGGUUACUGGAGGAGGAGGCCAUAAAGAGGGCAGAGUUGGAGCAGAUCCAUCUGCGGCAGCAGCGGGCCAUCUCGGAGACGGAGGCUGAGAAACAGGAGCUGCAGAGGGAGCGUCUGGCCAAGGAGAGCGCUCUGCAGGCUGCAGUGAAACAACUGGAACAUCUGGAGCAAGAGAGGCAGGGGGCCCUGGAGCAGUACCAGACAGUGAUGAAGAAGUUGGAAGAUGCAACCAACAACACAAAGACCUGGAAGCACAAGGUGGCUGAACACGAGGGCCUGUUGCGGCUCAUUCAACCAGGUUCCAAGGGACAGCGGCUGAUCACCAACUGGGGCCCGGCAGCCUUUUCCGAAGCAGAGCUCAGCCUGAGGGAGAAGAAAUGGCAGGAGAUGAAGAACCAGGCUCAGUAGAGCCGCUGUCAGACCUGAACCUGUCUACGUUUUCUACAGCUCGGAAGAGGAAGACAGGACAGGGCUGCUGGGAAAUACUUUCCGUGAUAAAAACGUGUCUAAGUAGUGACUGGAAGGAGGUCUCUGGUAACUGGAGUUUCAGUGGAAUCUGAAUGUGAGAUUUACCGGGAUAACGUAAGGUAUUUUAUGUUGAGGGGGUAUCAAGUAAUCAAUUACUGUUGCCCAGUAAGGGACCAGGACUGAUAGAACUGGUAUACAUUAAAACUAGUCUCUGUCGCUGUCGGUCCACCAUAGAUUUAAAGGAGCAAUCACAUUUUCACAUUAUGACGAUUACAUUCACUAAUUCUAGCAGGAGUCCAACAAAAAUACUAAAUGAAGAAGUGAUGACACCCGGAUAAAUGCUAGAGCCACAGCUCUGUCAGUAAAGGUUUUUUGUUACUAUACAAGUAUUGAUUGGUAGUGAGUUUCAAGUCCAGUGGACAGGAUUUAAAAUGAGCUGUAAAGGCAAAAGGGUUCACUCGGGUAGUUGGUAUUGAUGUUUCAGCCUAAUGACGACCACAGGUGCAGUCUAUUACGGUAAUGUUGGGCUACAGAGCAGGGAAAUAACUUUACAUAGUGUCCCGGCCCUCUUAACUUUCUCCCGCCAACGAAGCUGCCAGUUCCGUUGUCCCAACGCCGUCAGUCGUCAGUAUUUCGCGGUCCUGUCAACAGCGGACAGAGCUGACGACCAUGGUUAACAAUAUACAUAAUGCAAAUUGUUGAUUCCUAAGAUGUGCAGCUUACUCAAAUCCAGGAGUGGAGAAGAGUGUGCUCAAAACUGCCGUUCAUCGUUUUCCCCUCAGUUUGUCCUCACUGUCAAAUGCACUACUUUUGACCCGAGUCUGACCUGUGCAAUGAAAAUUGCUUGAAGGUGUUUUAGGUUCGGGCCGUUGUAAAGUUGAGAGCCAGUCAACCACAUCGAUCCUUUUGUAAAAUCUUUGAAAAAGUAUGAGCUGUCGAAAUUGCUAAGAAAAACUACUCUCUUUCUCGUGACCUAUUUUCCUCUUAACUCUCUGGGACCAUUUUUAGAAAUAUGGAAUAGAAGAGUUUUUGUAAAUAUCUUAACAAUGAUCUUCUGUUUUGGUUUUCUGCAUCCAUAGCAACCGAGGAUGACAUGUCUAAUGUAAAGUCAAAGAUGUUUAACAAAGUUGUCUUCUAAAAAAAAAAAAAAAAAAAAAACUAAAACUAACCA